GGUUUAAAAAAAAAAAAAACUCGGACUCCAGUCAGCAGGUGGCGGUAGUGCGCCAUCACGUCGCCCCAGAACGACGGGUAAAACCAAAGAAGAAACAGUGUAGUUGUAGUUGACCGAAGUGUGGAGAAGUCGCACAGACUCUCGUAUUCACAGAGUCAAGAUGCAGACACCAGCCGAGUCCAUCCUCCACAGCGGCUAUUUCCACCCAACGCUCCGAUACUGGCAGACCUGCGUCGCUGAUCUGAGACCUGACAAUCUCAUCUACCCCAUCUUCAUCACAGACGGUGCAGAUGCAGUGGAGCCCAUUGGCAGCCUGCCGGGACAGGCCAGAUACGGAGUGAACAAGCUGGAGGGCAUGUUGCGGCCGCUUGUGGAGAACGGCUUGAAAUGUGUGCUGAUUUUUGGUGUCCCUGCAAAAAUAGAAAAGGACGACCGGGGUUCAGGAGCCGACACAGACGACACGCCGGCUGUCCUGGCCGUGAAGAAGAUCAGGUCCUUGUUCCCUGAGCUGCUGGUGGCGUGCGACGUCUGCUUGUGUCCCUACACAUCACACGGACACUGCGGUAUCCUGAAUGACGACGGUACUCUGAACAAUGACGCCAGCUGUUUGCGCUUAGCAGAAGUGGCGCUGGCCUACGCCAGAGCUGGCUGUCACAUUAUCGCUCCCUCUGAUAUGAUGGAUGGAAGAGUCCGAGCCAUCAAACAUGCCCUGAUAUCUAAUGGUUUGGGAAACAAGGCUUCAGUGCUGAGCUACAGUGCAAAGUUUGCCUCUUGUUAUUAUGGUCCUUUCAGGGAUGCUGCCCAGUCCAAACCUGCGUUUGGGGACAGACGCUGCUACCAGCUGCCUCCUGGAGCCAGAGGACUCGCCAUCCGAGCUGUGGAGCGAGACGUGAGAGAAGGAGCUGAUAUGCUGAUGGUGAAACCGGGUCUGCCGUAUCUGGACAUCGUGAGAGAAGUCAAAGACAAGUUCCCCACUCACCCCCUGGCGGUGUACAACGUGUCCGGGGAGUUUGCCAUGAUGUGGCAUGGCGCCCAGGCCGGAGCGUUCGACCUGCGGGCCGCUGUGAUGGAGGCCAUGACCGCCUUCCGCAGGGCAGGUGCUGACAUCAUCAUCACCUACUACACACCUCAGCUGCUCAGCUGGCUGAAGGAGUAAAGAAUAGAAAAAGGACGGGCGGACCUACAGACAGAACAAACCUGCUGUUGACUCAAUCUAACAAAGAGCACUAACGGAUUAAAAUGGAUAAAAAGGCCUUUCUUUCACUUUUUCUGUUCAGUUUUGAUAACAAUUCAAAUAUCAGUAUGUACGUGUAUCUGUCUAUCAGGUUGAUUUGUAGAAGUGAUCCAAAAAAAGUUCUGUAUCCAUGUUCUAUUUCUGUUUAAUCUUUUGAAGGGCUAACAUAGAGCUGACCACUGAGAAUGUAAAAAAAACUGACAAUCUUGUUGGUGUUUUGUAGCAGGAAAUGACUCCUGUUUGUCUUUGGGAUCAGCAUUAAAUGAAGUCUGUCAUCUCUUUUUGACUCAUGUGAUUAUGGAAUGUAUAUUGGUAUGACUUGUGGGAACAGAAUUGUCUGAUACACACUGUAUAUAUGUGACUGCUGACUCAACUUAAGCACCACCAUCCCCUAACAAGCGCUUAUUGACCACAGGGAAUAUAAUCAUUCA